UUAAUGAAAACAUUGAAUUUGAAAUUAUUAUAAAAGAAAUUUUCAAUAGAGUUUCUUUUUCUGUGACUGUUAAUUAAUUAACUUCUUAAUUAAUUGAAAACUAAUAGUUUUUCUUUUCAACAUGAGGAAAAAUAUCGAUUUUUUUUGAAAUACGGUUCAGUAAUCUGAGGGCACAUAUCACACAUCCGGUGAACACGUGUGUGUUAAAAAAAGGAAGGCAUUCAGAGGGGGUGCUCCAGAAAAUGUGGGAUAGAAAUAUUGUGAACAGCUUUCAUGUGGAGAGAGAGAAAAGUGGGGAUUUCAAUGUUGUGUGUAUAGGAGAAAAAGAAGAACUCGUCACAGAGGCAUCAAGUCUGUUGACCGGCUGACUCAUUCAUAAAUCGUCAAGUCUUAGUGUUGAAUUUUUGUUCUAUAUCUCUCUCUGUGGAGUGUAAAAUACACAUGAGCCGGCCAAUCAAAUUUUUAUAUUUAUAAAUUAAAAAAAAAACCAAAUUUGUGUCAUCGUUGGAUAUUUUGGAAAUAUUUCACGGAUUCGAAAAGAAAAUUGUGCCAUUUAAUUACUUCGAGGUGGAUUGUUAUUAAUUUUCUUAUUAUGACAUCGAAAAGUAGAGAAAUUCCUGCCAAGCAACGAUAUCAGGCGAAUGCUCGUGAACGAGACAGAACUCACAGGUGUCAAUCUCAAGAAAUCCAAUCUUCACUCUGCAGUGUAAAUACAGCGUUCAGUACACUGAGGACUCUAAUUCCGACCGAACCUGCCGACAGGAAAUUAUCGAAAAUUGAAACAUUGAGAUUGGCCAGUAGUUAUAUUAAUCAUUUGGGUGCUGUUUUACUUGCCGGUGCUAUUGAUCAACCAUGUUUGAAAAAUGAAAAUUAUAAUUAUCAAAUUAAUGAUUGGGAGGAAUCGGCAAAGAGGCCACAAGUCUGUACAUUUUGUCUCUCCAAUCACAAAAAAUGCAAUCGAAAGUCGAUGCAACCAGUGGUUUCAGAAAGAGCUGUAGAAAAUACGUCGUACACAAUUCACUCGUUUAAUUAUUAACGAAACAAUUAAUUUAAGUCUAUAGACUUAAAUUGACAGUUAAUUCAUUAAAUCUUAAUUGGACGAAUUCAACGAAUUUUGUUUGUAAAUAACUCUUGUAAAUAUUAAGUUUAUUUUUCUUUAAAAUACCAUUUUGUAUACUAAUUAAUU